AUGCGGUUCGGAAAGACCCUGAGGAAGGCCGUGUACCCCCCGUGGAAGGGCAAUUAUAUCGACUAUGCGAAGCUGAAGUCCCUACUGCGGGAGCAUGAUGUCAAUGACGAGGGCGAUGAUGGCAGCGACUCCGACAGCUCUCUUUGGACCGAACAAGACGAGGAGGCUUUCGUCCAGGAACUGAUCAACGUGCAACUGGACAAGGUCAAUGCCUUCCAGUCGCAGACCUCGCAGCAGCUCCGAGAACGCACCUCCGCUUGUGAGGCUAAGCUGCGACCGCUCGCCCCGGUCGCCGAUCAGGAUUCUUCCAACGAUGAUCCCGAGAAACGCAGAAUCGCCUCCGAGGUCCUGCAGGAGCUCGACAGCAUUACAAAGGAGGUUAGUGAAUUGGAAAAAUACAGUCGCAUCAACUUUACCGGCUUCCUCAAGGCCGCCAAGAAACAUGACCGCAAGCGCGGCGCUCGAUACCGCGUCAAGCCCCUGCUGCAGGUGCGCCUAUCUGAAUUACCCUUCAAUUCGGAGGACUACUCGCCAUUGGUCCACCGUCUGUCGGUGAUGUACUCCUUUGUGCGUGAAACCCUCAGCCAGGAUGUCCUCCCGUCAAAGGAGCCGGAACGCGGCUUUGGUCGAGAUGUCUAUUCGUCCUACAAGUUCUGGGUGCACGCCGACAACGUCCUCGAGACCAAGACCCACAUCCUGCGCCGCCUCCCAGUCCUCAUCUACAACCCCGGUACCUCCAAGGACGUGCGCACCCUGCCGGAUGACCCCACGAUCACCUCUCUUUACUUCGAUAACCCCCAGUUCGAACUGUACAACCAAAAAGUCGCUCGUGCCUCGGAGGCUGGAUCUCUACGCCUGCGUUGGACUGGUCAGCUGCAAGAUAAACCACCCAUCUUCCUCGAGAAGAAGAUUGUCGCCGAAGAUGAUAGCAGCCGGGAGAUCAAGGUGCAGCUCAAGGAAAAGCACAUCAAGGAGUUCUUGGACAGCGAGUAUCACUUGGACAAAAAGGUCCACCGGAUGGAAGAUAUGAACAAUGGCGAAUCGGCCGAGGCCGAGUCUCUCAAGCAGAAUGUGGAGGAAUUGCAGUCCUUUAUCAAGGAGCACAAUCUUCAACCUAUGCUCCGGGCCAACUACACCCGCACUGCAUUCCAGAUUCCAGGUGAUAACCAUCCCGCUGAAUGGCACCGAACCGAUCUGGACGAUGCCGCCGCAUCUUACCCGUUCAAUGCCGUGAGAACCGGCGAAAUUGUCCGAUUCCCCCACGCUCUUUUGGAAAUCAAGUUGCGUGGUAAAGCCCAUGACUCCGAAUGGAUCAAUGAGCUCAUGUCCUCCCACCUUGUCAAAGAAGCACCUCGCUUUUCCAAGUUCGUCCACGGUGUCGCCCAGCUAUUCGAGGACAACGUCAACAGCUUCCCAUUCUGGCUCGGCGAACUGGAGAAAGAUAUUCGUCGGGACCCGGAAACCGCUUUCCACGAGGAACAAGAACGGCUGGCCAAGCGAGCAGAGGAAGAUAUGGCGGUCGGUAGUUUCCGUGUUGGUGCCGGUAGCCCAAGCACACAUGCGCUCUCAGGAUCCCCCUCCUACCGAUGGACCGAGCCAUCUCGUCGUCGACCUUCUGGGAUGAGUGAGGGCGUCCCUCCAACCAAGCCUCGCCUCUCCGUCAUUGAACCCGAACCUCGCGAGCAACCAGAAGAACCCGCCGAAGAACCCGCCGAGGACUCUCCGAUAUCCGCUCAAAACUUUUCCACACUCCUGCAGUCCUUGACCCACAGGUUCCAGAACUGGUCAGGACAGCAGCAGAGCGAGGUCUUGCCCCCAGGCGUCCGCCACCCGGGCGUCUGGAUCAAGGACGCAGGACCCAUCCGCGUAGAAAGUAAAGUGUGGCUCGCCAACCAGCGAACAUUCAUCAAGUGGCUUCAUGUCAGUAUUCUGCUCUCGACACUGUCUUUGGGUCUGUACAACGCUGCCGGAAAGCACAACCGGAUUGCGCAGGCCUUGGCUAUUGUCUACACAUUCUUUGCCAUUUUUGCCGCUGCUUGGGGCUGGUAUAUGUAUGAGAAGCGCGCUCGACUCAUCCGCCAGCGCAGCGGAAAGGACUUGGAUAACGUGUUUGGACCUCUCGUUGUUUGUGUUGGUCUGGCGAUUGCUCUGGUCUUGAACUUUGCCUUCAAGUAUCAAGCAUUGAUGAACCAAGCCAACCAAGGCCAGCCCCCCGUUUCAGCCCCUGUCACCAACUCUUCUGCUUUUGGUGGUGCUGGUGGUUCGGCAGCCUCAUGGAAGCCGAGCUACAACGCACAGCAGGUCCUGUAA